CAAAACAGAAAGAGACAAGGAACAAAGCAAAAUGAAGUGCAAAUAAAAAUCGUUGAGGUUUGAUUCAUAGUGGCAAGUAACGAGUGUGUUGAGAGCUGUGAACAAGAAAAAAAAUGAUGUUAAUUCGUUCAAUAUGCAAAACAAUGAACAUGUCUUAUGUUUCUGGGUCUCUUCGAAUGUACUCAACAGAAACCCCAAUUAGUUUCUCGGCAUUGGAAAAUCGCAUAUUGAAGAGUGGAGACCCAAGAACUUCAAUGGCUCCAAUUCUCAACCAAUGGAUCGAACAAGGUAGACAAGUUACCCAGCCUGUGCUCAAACGUAUCAUCAAUCGUCUCGCUAAUUAUGGUCGUUUCACUCAUGCCCUUCAGGUAUCAGAAUGGAUGAGCAAUAUUAAUAGCAAUGAUUUAUCGCCCGGAGACAUUGCUAAACGGCUCAACCUGAUAUCUAAAGUUCAUGGUUUAGAACAAGCAGAGAUAUUUUUCAAAGGCAUCCCUGAAACCAAACUUGGGUUCAAAAUCUAUGCUUCCCUUUUGGGCUGCUAUGCAGAACAUAAAUCUUUGGAGGAAGCCGAAGUUAUCAUGAAGAAAAUUAAGAAGUUGAAUCCCGUGCACAUGACCGUGUGUUACAAUAUGAUGUUAAAGUUAUAUGCUCAGACGGGUAAAUAUGAAAAAAUGGAUAGGUUGAUGCAAGGAAUGAAAGAAAAUGACAUCUGUAACGGUGCUACGUUUAACAUUCGGUUGAAUGCUUAUUCAUCUUCUAGAGACAUAGAAGGGAUGGAGAAGCUACUAAUGCAGAUGGAAGCUGAUCCCUUGGCAACCAUAGACUGGUAUACAUAUGCUACAGCCGCAAAUGGUUAUAUGAAAGCCGGGAAUGUUGAGAAAGCGUCAGCAUCGCUGAAGAAAUCGGAAAAUUUAGUUAACGAUCUUUCGAGGAGAGUUGCGUAUGAAUCUCUUCAAUCUAUACACGCUGCAAUUGGAAACAAGGAUGAGGUUUAUCGACUUUGGAAUAGGUGUAAAAAUCUAAAAAAAUCUUCCAACUCGAGUUACUUAUGCAUGCUAAGCUCAUUAGUGAAACUGGAUGACAUCGAUGGUGCCGAGAAGAUUUUGCAAGAAUGGGAAUCAGGACAUACAUAUUUUGACAUGAGAAUUCCGAAUUUGAUGAUCACUGCAUACUGUAAAUGGGGUCUGUUGGAUAAAGCCGAGUCAUAUAUCAAGAGGCUUUUGGAUAACGGCAAGGAAUUAGAUGGAAGUUCAUGGGACCGUAUGUCGUCUGCCUAUCAUGCUGAUAAUGAUAUGGAAAAAGCGGUUCAAACAAUGAAGAAAAUAACCUCAGGUAGUCGACAACGACGAGGAUGGAAGCCUAACACCUACACUUUGUGUGCUUGUAUCAAGUACCUUAAAGAAAAAGUUGAUGUGGAACAGGCCCUUGAGAUCCUUAAGUUAUUUAAGGAAGAUGGUCAUAUCUCAGCUACUACCUAUGAUAGACUAGUGAGUUAUGUUCAUAGUGAAGUAGAAGAUACAGAAGCCUUUGAUAUGAUUAAACAAGAUUAUCAAAUGAAUGAAAAUGUUCAACUUCAUGAUGCAGAAAAGUAAUGGUUUAGUGUGAAAAUGCUGCUUGCAAAGGAUGUGUUAAAGUAUUUUCAGGAUAGAGUAAAUUCUUUUGUUCUAGCUGGUUGCUAUGGUUAUUUAUUUUGCUCCUGUUUAGAGACUCUGUUGCACCUUUCAUCAUUAUGCCUCUGGUUUGUUAACAUUCUAAUUUAGUCUCUCCCAUUUUGUAAGACAGUGAUUCAAUCUAACUAUAAAUUUAUUAAGAAAAAGAAAGAAAACAAAAUCAUUGGUCACAUAAA